AUGUCUGGAUUUCCCGCACAAAAGCAAGAGAAGCAACCUGGUCUUCAACAUAAAAUGGAUCCUCAACCCGCUGUUGCCGAGGACUACAAGGCUGCUGGCAAGUUGAAGGGCAAAAAGUUAUUCAUCACUGGUGGUGAUUCCGGUAUUGGCAGAUCUGUUGUCGUCAUGUCUGCUAUGGAAGGCGUAGAUGGUAUUACCAUCAUCUUUAGAGAGCACGAAAAGAAGGAUGCUGAAGAAACUGCUAAACUCGCUGAAAAGCAUGGUGCUCGUGUCCGUUUCGAAGCUGGUGAUGUUGCUGAUACUGAAUUCGCAAAGAAGGCUAUUGACAACCACAUGAAGGAGUUUGGUGCUAUUGACAUCUUGAUCAAUAAUGCCUCUGAGCAACACAUUUGUGAUAGUCUCAACGAGAUUGAUCUCGAGCAAGUUGAGAGAACAUUCAAAUCCAAUGUCUUUGGUAUGUUUGCCAUAACCAAGUUCGCUUUGAACCACAUGCAAUCUGGUAGUGCCAUCAUCAACACUACAUCUGUCACUGCAUACAAGGGAAGCCAACAGUUAGUUGAUUACUCUUCUACAAAGGGUGCUAUUGUCACCUUUACAAGAUCCUUAUCACAACAACUAGCAAGCAAAAACAUUCGUGUCAACGGUGUUGCUCCUGGCCCUAUUUGGACUCCCUUGAUUCCUGCAUCAUUCACUGAGGAACAAGUUGAACAAUUUGGCAAGCAGGUCCCUAUGGGCCGUGCUGGCCAACCCAGUGAAGUUGCACCCUGUUACAUCUUUUUAGCAUCUAAGGAUUCUAGCUACAUUACCGGUUCCGUCUUGCAUCCUAACGGCGGUACCAUCGUCAACACAUAA